AUGACAGCCUUGGUGGAUGACAUCAAGGAUGUCCCGAACUUUGCAGACGACUCCUUUGCCCCUGAUACACAAAAGGCAGAGAUGGAGGAUCAGAAUGAGGUUUUUAAGAGAGGCGAGGGCCAGGUCGACUUUCGUACCGUGAGCUGGAUUCGGGCAGGUGUGAUUUUUUUGAAGAUCAUCUUCGCCACUGGUGUUCUUUCCAUUCCCUCUUUAAUGUAUGAAUUGGGAGCUCUGCCAGGCGCCCUUAAUGUUAUAGGCUGGACCCUUCUCAACACCUACUGUGCUAUUGUACAGGGCAACUUUCGCAACGCCCAUCCAGGCUGCCACUCCAUCGCCGAUAUGGCAAAUGUCGUGGGCGGUCCGCUGCUGAAGGAAGUGGUCGGGUUUUUAUUUACAGUCAGCUAUGUUAUUGUCGCUGCGUCUGGGAUCAUUGGCGUCUCGACAGCGCUCAAUGCCUUGUCACUGCAUGCGAUUUGCACAGUUUGGUUUUCCCUCAUUGGUACAAUUGUCAUUACUGCCUGUGCGAGCGUGCGCAAAUUCUCGCACAUCGGCUGGCUCACCUGGGCUGGUUUUGCCAGCGUCUAUAUUGCCGUUUUUAUCAUUGUGGUCGGCGUGACCACAAGGGAUCGUCCAGCAGCAGCACCUCAGAUAGGUGAUUUCGACCUCGGAUAUAGGGUCAUUGGUGACCCUAGCUUCACGACCGGCAUCACGGCCGCCGCAACUAUUUUCGUCUCCAGUGCUGCGACCUCUGCAUUCCUCCCCGUCAUCUCGGAGAUGCGCAAGCCCAAGGACUACCCCAAAGCAGUCUACCUCAGCAUGAGCCUGGUGACCGCGUCAUACCUCACGUUCAGUCUUGUCAUAUAUGCAUGGUGUGGCAAAUGGAUCGCAUCACCCUCACUCGGCAGCGCCGGUCCAACGGUCAAGCGAGUGGCGUAUGGCAUUGCUCUACCUGGUCUCAUAAUUAGCGGGUGUUUGUACGUGCAUGUCGCGGCAAAAUACUUAUUUGUGCGAAUAUUACGUACUUCGCGUCAUCUGCAGGCCAAUACAGCCGUGCACUGGGGUACCUGGCUGGGUUGCACGACCAGCAUGGCAGCCAUCUCCUUCAUCCUUGCAUGCGCCAUCCCUAUCUUCAAUUACGUGCUCGCUCUUGUGGGCGCGCUUUGUUUCGCACCGCUGGCCAUUAGUCUGCCUGGCUGGUUAUGGCUGUAUAGUCAUGCUGAUUACUGGAAGGGCCCUUUCUUCCGCAAGAUCAUGUAUGGAUUCCAUCUUUUUUUGACAGUUUUGGGAGCGUUCAUGGCGGUCGGAGGUACUUAUGGGGUCAUUGUUCAGAUCAAUGAGGCCUAUCGCGAUGGACAAAUUUCGGGUGCCUUUUCAUGUGCGGACAACAGCGGGUCGGUUUGA